CUUGUCAUUGCUGUGCUUUAACUGCUAUUUACAUGUUUUUUUUUGUUUAACAUUUAAGCAGAUUAAUGUUUAAUGAUAUAAAUACUCACCACUACAUGCUUUCUCAGGUUUGAUGUGGGAGGUUUGAAGGCUGCAGCUCUGUCCGGCGGGACACAUUUUGUAUUGCAGGAUGUUAUUGCCUCGUUAUUUCGCGCAUGAGCAUCUGUGCACCGCCGCAUCCGCCCAAUUAUUUAUUUUUUAAUUCAGACAGUUGUUUUUUUCCUGCAGCAUUUUAUUUGUUGCUCAGUAACGGGGAGUUUUCCAAUGUAGCAAAGUAAAUUACUUGUGUCAGAAUGUACUUGAGUAAAAGAAAAUUCACCUACUUAAAAAAAUUACAAAUUACUCAUAAAAUUUACUCAAUUACAGUAACUUAACUAAAUGUAAUUCAUUACUUUCCACCUCUGAUAAUAACACACACUCUCUGCUCGGUCAGCUGCGGUUAAACGUGACGGGUUGUGGUAAUCCCGCGCGUUUCUUUCUCUUUAAUGCAGCAGAACUCCCGCCCGACUCUCUGCUGCUGCUGUUAUUAAGCAUUAAAUCCGUUUCUGCUCCGACUUUUACUAAAGUAGAUUUACCUUCAAUCACCAUUUAAUAAAUCUGCUGCAUUAAAGAGCACUCCUUCAUACAGCACACGCCAUUAAGCCUGAUUACACACACACACAUUAUACACACACACAAACACACUAAAAACACACACACUGGUGCAGAGGGAUGGGUCAGUGUCUGUUUCAGCACGCUGGUGAUGUUUUACAGAUUUAGUGAACAUCUCAGUUCUCUUCACUCCAGCUGCUCUCAGAGACCCAGACCAUCCCUGUCCUCACCUGUCUCCUGGAGCAUCUUCCCCAAACACCUGAGCACACCUGGGGAGACUGGCACAGCGGGCACCUGCUUAGACCAAUGAGGAGAGGGCAGAGCUUCUUCCAGCCAUGGAGAACAAGAGCAGCUUCGGGAAAAGAGCUAAAGAAGGUUCCUUCAAGCGUUCCUCCAUCAAGCGCACCUUAUCCGGUUCCCAGAAGGCUCAGAGGGCGUGGGUUGAGCGGACGUUUCAGAAGAGGGAGUGUAUUUAUUUAUUCCCCAGCAGCAAAGAUCCCAGCAAGUGCAGCUGUGGUCAGCUGGUGACCCAGCAUGCGCCCAUUCCUCCCAGUGCCACCAGUAAGGGUGGAGAGGAGGGUCAGUCUGAGCCGGCGGCGGAGAGAUGGUCCGUCCUGAAACACACUCAGCUCCUCCCCACCGACGCCUACGGCACCAUCGAGUUCCAGGGAGGAGGACACGCCAACAAAGCCAUGUAUAUCCGGGUGUCGUACGACAGUAAGCCGGAUAACCUGCUGCACCUGAUGGUGAAGGACUGGCAGCUGGAGCUGCCGACGCUGCUGAUCUCGGUUCAUGGAGGUCUACAGAACUUCGACCUGCAGCCUAAACUCAAACAGGUGUUCGGGAAGGGUCUGAUUAAAGCCGCCGUCACCACUGGAGCCUGGAUCUUCACCGGGGGGGUCAGCACCGGUGUGAUCCGCCAUGUUGGCGAUGCUCUGAAGGACCACUCCUCUAAGUCCCGCGGGCGAGUCUGCGCCAUCGGCAUCGCGCCCUGGGGCAUCGUGGAGAAUAAAGAGGAUCUGAUUGGUCGAGAUGUGACCCGGCCGUAUCAGACGAUGUCUAAUCCUCUCAGUAAACUGUCGGUUCUGAACAGCAGCCACUCCCACUUCAUCCUUGCCGACAACGGCACUCACGGCAAAUACGGUGCCGAGGUCCGACUCCGCCGACAGCUAGAGAAACACAUCUCCCUGCAGAAGAUCAACACCCGUCUGGGGCAGGGUGUGCCGCUGGUGUGUCUGAUUCUGGAGGGCGGGCCGAAUGUGAUCACUAUAGUUCUGGAGAGUUUGAGGGAGGAGCCUCCGGUGCCGGUGGUGGUGUGUGACGGCAGCGGCCGAGCGUCCGACAUCAUCUCCUUCGCCCACAAAUACACAGAGGAAGACGGGCUGGUGAAUGAAGGAGUUCGAGAUCAGCUUCUGGUCACUAUUCAGAAAACCUUUAACUAUAAUCGUAAUCAGGCUCAGCAGAUCUAUCUGAUGGUGAUGGAGUGCAUGAAGAAGAGAGAGCUGAUCACGGUGUUCAGGAUGGGCUCUGAGGGGCAGCAGGAUAUAGAGAUGGCGAUUCUGACGGCUCUACUGAAAGGUACGAACGCUUCGGCUCCGGAUCAGCUGAGUUUGGCGUUGGCGUGGAACCGCGUGGACAUCGCCCGCAGUCAGAUAUUCGUUCACGGACAGCACUGGCCUUCGGCCGGGUCUCUUCCCGCCGCCUCCAUCCCGCAGGACCGACCCAAAAGUCCGACUCGGGGCAGUAAGAGCAAAGCGGCCCGAGCCAAGAAGGGCCGGCGGGGUAAACCCAAACCAGAACCCCCCGAGGAGACGGACCCCCGCAAACUGGAGCUUCUGAACUGGGUGAACUCUCUGGAGCAGGCGAUGAUGGAUGCGCUGGUUUUGGAUCGGGUGGAUUUUGUGAAGCUGCUGAUCGAGAACGGCGUCAAUAUUCACCAUUUCCUCACCAUCCCCCGCCUAGAGGAGCUCUAUAACACCAGACUGGGCCCGACGAACACUCUGCAUUUUGUGGUCCGAGAUGUUAAAAAGGGGAACCUCCCCCCUGAUUAUCAGAUCACCCUGAUUGACAUCGGACUGGUUCUGGAGUUUUUGAUGGGCGGGGCUUAUCGCUGUAACUACACCAGGAAGAGUUUCCGCACGCUUUAUAAUAAUCUCUAUGGUUUAAAACGACCUAAAGCUCUGAAGCUGCUGGGGAUGGAGGAUGAUGAUCCUCGGCCGAAGGGGAAGAAGAAGAAGAAGAAGAAGGAGGAGGAGAUUGAUAUUGAUGUGGAUGAUCCGGAGGUCAGCCGGUUUCAGUACCCGUUUCACGAGCUGAUGGUGUGGGCGGUGCUGAUGAAGCGUCAGAAGAUGGCGCUGUUCCUGUGGCAGAGGGGGGAGGAGGCCAUGGCUAAAGCGCUGGUAGCCUGUAAACUCUAUAAGGCCAUGGCUCACGAGUCCUCCCAGAGCGAACUGGUGGACGAUAUCUCUCAGGAUCUCGACAACAACUCAAAGGAGUUUGGUCAGUUGGCGUAUGAGUUGUUGGAUCAGUCGUAUAAGCAUGAUGAGCAGGUGGCGAUGAAGCUGUUGACGUAUGAGCUGCAGAACUGGAGUAACUCCACCUGUUUAAAACUCGCCGUCGCCGCCAAACACCGAGACUUCAUCGCCCACACCUGCAGCCAGAUGCUGCUCACCGACAUGUGGAUGGGCUGCCUGAGGAUGGGCAAGAGCAACGGCCUGAAGGUGAUUCUGGGCAUCAUAUUCCCUCCUGCUAUUCUUCUGCUGGACUUCCGGAUAGGAGAUGACAUGUCCUAUCACACCUCCAAAGAAACCGAGGAGACAAAAGAUAAAGAGGACGACACCAAAUCAAACAAGGAUGGAGUUGUGAACAUGGAUGCAACGUCUAAGAAAGGUGAUGAAGAAGACUCUAAAAAGAAGAAUAAACGAGUUCCGAUCGGCAAGAAGAUCUAUUAUUUCUAUAACGCUCCGUUUACCAAGUUCUGGUUUAAUACGAUUGCUUACCUGGUUUACCUCAUGCUGUAUAAUUACAUCAUCCUGGUGAAGAUGGAGCGAUGGCCGUCACUGCAGGAGUGGAUCGUCAUCUCUUACAUCAUCACUCUGGGACUGGAGAAAGUCCGACAGAUCCUGAUGUCUGAGCCGGGGAAGUUGAAGCAGAAGAUUAACGUGUGGUUGGAGGAUUACUGGAACAUCACGGAUCUGGUGGCGAUCUCCAUGUUUCUGCUGGGUUUGCUGCUCCGCCUCCAGAACUCCUACAUGGGGUACGGCCGGGUCAUCUACUGCGUCGACAUCAUCUUCUGGUACAUCCGGGUCCUCGACAUCUUCGGCGUCAACAAGUACCUGGGGCCGUACGUCAUGAUGAUCGGCAAAAUGAUGAUUGACAUGCUGUACUUCGUGGUGAUCAUGCUGGUGGUGUUGAUGAGUUUCGGCGUGGCGCGGCAGGCCAUCCUGCACCCGGACGAGGAGCCGACCUGGCGGCUGGCGAGGAACAUCUUCUACAUGCCGUACUGGAUGAUUUACGGAGAGGUGUUUGCAGACUCGAUAGACCUCUAUGCAAUGGAGAUAAACCCUCCCUGUGGAGAGAACAUGUACGAUGAAGACGGGAAGAAGCUGCCGCCCUGUAUCCCGGGGGCGUGGCUAACACCUGCCAUCAUGGCCUGUUACCUGCUGGUGGCGAACAUCCUUCUGGUUAAUCUGCUGAUCGCUGUGUUUAACAACACGUUCUUUGAAGUGAAGUCCAUCUCCAAUCAGGUGUGGAAGUUCCAGCGGUAUCAGCUGAUCAUGACCUUCCACGACCGGCCGGUUCUUCCUCCUCCCCUCAUCAUCUUCAGCCACAUCUACAUCGUCCUGAAGCGCCUGUGCUGCCGCUGCAAGAGGAGGAGGAAGGAGGGCGAGCUGGACGAGCGCGACCGCGGACUCAAGCUGAUCCUGAGUGUAGAAGAGCUGAAGAGUCUGUAUGAGUUUGAGGAACAGUGCGUGGAGGAAUAUUUCCGGGAGAAGGAGGACGAGGAACAGUCGUCCAACGACGAACGCAUCCGAGUCACCACAGAACGGGUGGAGAACAUGUCCAUGCGUCUGGAGGAAGUGAAUGAACGGGAGCACACCAUGAAGGCCUCGCUGCAGACGGUGGACCUGCGUUUGGGUCAGCUAGAGGAGUUUUCGGGCCGCAUGAUGCGAGCUCUAGAGCGCCUCGCCGGAGUUGAACGCUCAGAACUGGUCCGGACGCGUUCCGGAGGCUCGAACAUGGGCGACUGUUUUCUGCACCGGCAAGGAAGCAUCAACAGCAACGACGGCUACAGCCUGUACAGAUUUCACCUGGAUGCUGAGGAACGUCCGGCUGCAGACGAAGUGACUGGUGACCACAGGGGCCACGGGAGUCCGGAAAGGCGUGGCAGUCUGUGUGGCAGCGAGCUUCACUUGAUCCCGCAAGGAUCGUCUUCCUUCGGCACCAUGCUGAACGUGCAUCCCCUGCGGCAGAGGAGACGCUCCACCUCCAGCGUGGACAUUCUCAUAUCCCCCUGCGCUCCACAAGACGAGGGGCAGAACUGCCAAGAGCCGAGACUGACCUCCACCGAGCCGCUGAAGAAUCCGCACGCCCUGCUGGAUGCGGCGCUGGAGCGAGCCGGCGUCACCGUGGGGAAGACGAGGCUGGACACGGUGGUUUCGUACCCUUUGGAGCGGGCGCAGUCCCUACGCCAGUAUCCCGCCGGGGGCAUGAAGAAUUCACUCUUACCUGAAAACAGGGCCUGGAGCACCAUGGUCUAUUCUCAGGCAGGACAACCACCAAGACUGGGGACACGAGGGGACACCUGGGCCUCAGAACCCUGCAGUUUACAGGACCAGAUGAGCAGGUCACCGACGACGGGACGCUGGGCCCCUCGCUUUGAGUACAAAGUUCAUCCCUGUCUGUCCGGACACAUGCCCAGAGUGUCUGCAGAGAAGGUCUUUGACGGCUCGGCCGGGUCAGGGGGACAAGAGAACCGAGAGGACGGACUGGGACGAGAGAAGAGUCACGGGGAUGAGUGGGACGUGGGAGACACAGAUAAGCUGUUAGUAGCCGAAGACAGGAUGUACCCAGCCCUCAGGUCCAAGAGUCUCAACACCAACCCGCGGAAGCUGAAGGCUUUAGGAGACAGCCUGGAGAAACCCCGAGCCGCCUGCAGCGUCAAGGACCUGGUGGGGUCCUUCGAGAUCAAUUCAAACGACCAUCAAAAUUCCAUCGACAGAAACGUCUCGCAGACGUGACGCGGAACACCGUACCUUCUACAGGACGCUGUAAACUUUACCAAACUUACAGAAUUACUUAACAGAGAAACGUAAACCCCGAGUGUCCUGCAGGGCCAAGGACCUGGUAGGGUCUUUCGAGAUAAAUGCAAAUGACCUUCAAAAUUCCACAGAAACGUCUCGCAGACGUGACAUGGAAUACUGAACCUUCUGCAGGACGCUGUAAACUUUACCAAACUUAUAGAAUGACUUUACGGCAAACCAGAAACCCCUAGUGGCCUGAAGCAUCAAAUUAAUUAAUUCAAAGAAUUAUCAAAAUUCCAUCAAAAUGAACAUCUUUCAAACGUGACAUGCAAUACUGAACCUUCUGCAGGACUGAUGACGUUAAUAUCAUGUGAUAUUCUGGUUACCUUGCUAUAUAUACAUAUUAAGUAUUUUUAUGUAAAUAAGACAUUAGUUAAUUGAUUUUAUAGCAUAUAUUUUUUUUCUGAGAUGAAGGGACUGUAUCUACCUCUGACCAAUACUUAUAAACAUUAACAGAGUUUAUAUACAAUAAUCAUAAUUACACUACAAAAAUAUCAUGCUAUGAAAUGUUAUAAAUUAAAUUUAUAACUCGUUUAUGAAAUGUUAGGUAAAAGUGGAAAAAGCCUCGAUUCUACAUCAGUUUUUAUGUAAUCCUGUGGGCUGUGGCUCCCCCAGUGGACCGGAGUGGUACUGCUAGGUUUGGUUAACAUAUUUUUAUACAAUUUAAAAAUAUAUUUGAAUUUUUAUUUUUGAAAUGUUAAUAAUCAAAUACAGUAGUGUAAUUAGUUUAUUGGUGUAAUUACUCUGUCAGGCCAACACACAUACUGUACUUUAUCCCUGAUCUUUUCAGUUUUGUAACAAAACUCUGCAAAUAAAGUAUAAAUAAAAAAGACUUGCAUACAUAUUUACUUACAGAAAGAUUAAAGUUAAAUUUUUAUACAAUAUCAGCUCACACUGAUUAUAUAUUUACUCAUAUAGA